UGCCUGUCCUUUUUCGUUCAGGUGUCUCCAACUGACAAGCUGGAUGCCACCUCUGAAGCUGAGCAGAAACCCUCUGAAGAGGAUUCAGGAGAUGAGCAGAUGCUGAGCAGUGAGAAAGAAGAGGAGCAGAUUUUUCUGGUCAACCUCUACAAAUUCAUGAAAGAGCGCCACACGCCAAUUGAGAGGGUGCCUCAUCUUGGCUUCAAGCAAAUUAAUCUGUUUAAGAUCUACAAAGCUGUGGAGAAACUCGGAGCCUACGAAUUGGUCACUGGAAGACGUCUUUGGAAAAAUGUUUACGACAUGUUGGGAGGCAGCCCGGGAAGUACCAGCGCUGCCACUUGCACCCGGCGACAUUAUGAGAGGCUGGUCCUCCCAUACGUCCGGCACUUGAAAGGGGAGGAUGACAAGCCGCUGCCCCCAAUCAAGCCUCGAAAACAGUACAAGAUCUCCAAGGAGCCGAAGGGGGAUCGCGCGGCGGAGAAGAAGAGAACGAAGAAAGAGAAGAUGAGAGAUCCGGGUCUGCCGGAGAAAGUGAGACCAGAUGUUGCUUCGGUCCCCAAACCUCCCAACGCUAUGGAGCCGAACCAGCCCCGGGAGCAGACGGAGGGGCGUCUCUCCCUUCCAAGCAGCCGAGAGAUGCCUGAGACUCAGCCCACUGGCAGCUGCCUGGGGAACUGUCGGUCCCACGGUUGCUCCGAAGCCUACACCCGGCUCUUCUCCAGCUUCUACUUCAGGGGGAACAAUGGCAUCAUGUCUCCCUUGGCGAAGAAGAAGCUGCUGGCGCAGGUGAGCCAGGAUGAGUGCUUGUAUGCUCAUGAGAAGCAUCUCAGCCACUGCCCCGAAUACAAGAAGACCAGAAUCCGGGAAAUGUCAGGCUUGGAGUCUGAGGCUGGUCGUCCCCACAGAGAGGCAGCAAAGACAGGAGCAGAGGUGAACGGCUCCAGCAGUCGUCCUGGUCCUUCCCAGGUUGGAAAAGCCCAUGAAGGCUUGUUGAAGGUUCCUCUGAAUCUCAAGGAGAGCCCAGGGUGCAUGAAAGCAGAUGAGGAAAGCUGUGGGGCUCACCCAUCCACCGGGCCACCAGUCUUUAGUGGAUACUUUCACACAGCCAGAAGCUCUGUCAUGAAACCCAUCAGCGGCCUUCCUCUUCGAGGACCGGUGGAAUAUUAUCCCGGCUUGAAGGAUUUCUCUGAGACUUCUCCAGCCUACCUGAAGCCUGGAAAAGAUGUGCUGGUAGCUCCAGGGUCUCAGAAAAAGCAGGAGAGCUUGGAGGACCAGCCCGAAGAUCUCCGUAGGAAGUCAAGUCAACCUCUGUCUUCUUGGAAAGGGGACCAUCAGCACUCUUCUGCUUUCCAGGCAAGUCCCCUGAGCGGCAAGGCAGGGUCUCCCACAUUUCCACCAGUCAAAGCCUCCUGGGUUCCACCCGUGGUCAACCUGGCAAAGGUCAGUCCGCAGGUCUCCAAGAACGGAGGGCCGUCCGUGUCUCCAGGCCAGGCGGGCAUCCCCGUGCAGAAGAAAAGAGCCUCGGAGGAGGAUUAUUUCCUGCAUGGCAAGAAGCUGAAGGCUGUGUCCCCCUUCAUCAAGGAGGCGGACCCAAACAAUGGGCUGGAGCGGGGGACGUCCCCGAGCGGGCAGCCGGGGAUCGCAAAGCCCAAAGCAACGGUGGCGGGGUCAGGAUUCCCGGUGGCUCCCGUGCCUCAACUCCAGGACGUGUACAAGGGCACGAUGCUGAGGUUGCCUGUUAACUUUGGCAGCCCGGGAGAACACCUCAAGGAGCAGGGCCCUUCACUGAUCCAGUCUCUCUCCAUCAAUCCGUUUAUUAUCCCCGCCUUCCCCACCCCACUAUUAACUGCGUCUGUCCAAGCUUCGGACCUGGGCCAGCCUCUGGGGACCAGCCUAGUCCAUUACCCCACUUCCUACGACAGUGCACUACGCCACCGGCUGUACCCGGUGUCCACGUGGCACAGCCAGCCAGCCUAUGCUUCUGCCCAUGUCCCAGCCUACCAUCGGAACACCAAGCUGUAGCCCCCCCACUCCUCCCCAGGACCACCAAAGACUUGUCACAUUUGGGAGCAGUGCGAGGGAUGUGCGAACCUCACGUCCGCAGCCUUUCGACUUUUUGAUUCUCCUGCUUUUCCGAGCUCUUAUCUAGGACACUGCAAAACAGGACCCUAUAACUUAAAAAAAAAAAAAAAAACUG